AUGACUCAACCUGUGUCUCCCUCCAGUCAGACCGACACUGUGGUGUCUGUUCCACUGGAAGGUCUGAUAAAUAUGCUGCAGGGUCUCUGUCUCGAAGACAGGACAGCCAUAUCAGUUGCAUUGCUGGCUCGUUCCGGUCCAGAUACAUCUGAAGGGCCUGUCCCUGCUGCUUCUACCACCAAUAUUUCUGUGCCUGUUCCUCAGAUGGCCACAGAAAUAUCUAUGCCCACUCCUGAAGAUCCUUCCCCUGCAACCACCAGGGCUCCCUCCACUGUCGCCCUCUUUGUACAUUCUGAUAACAGGGACUCCACCGAUGAUGAAGAUGCAGCGAAUGCAGCCAAUUCUCUCGCCGAUGACUCCCACGUCCGUUUCUACCGUGGCAAGUAUUUCAACGUGCCCAUCAACGAUAAGGCGCCCUUGUACUAUAUUACAAGGGGUUGUUAUAUUGGUGUUUUCUCUGGGUGGGAUGCUACUGGCCCCAAGGUUCUUGGUGUUUCUUGUGCCAUAUUUCACAAAGUAGAUACUGUUGAGGAAGGCAACUUUACUACUUUCUGGCCACCAUUCUUUGAGAAAUGGGAAGAACAGUGGCCUGUAGAGGUCUCAAACGAUGAUCAACAACUUACUGAGGCGCAGCUGGCCCAGGAGGUAGCCAAAGGAAGGGUCGUGGUUCAUAAGUGGUUGAUCAUCAAACUGCGGAAUGAUUUUGGAAAUUCGAAGGUGGGACGCCGCGCAAACGCCGCUGGUAACACAAUUGUUACCAAACUCAUCGGUGGCAUCAUGAAGAACGAGAGGAAGAAAUCUCGUCCUCUGAAGGCCACUGAGGUCUAUUCUAAAAUGUACUAUGCAUCACGUGUUCAACCCGCAGUCAAGGAGGAACUUGAUGCCAUGAAGGAGUCAUCAGACGCACCUGACCUGAAGAAACGCACUGAUACAGGUGGUUCGAAGGCAGCUGGCAUCCUGGACAAGAGGGAGAAAGACACGAGUGACUGCAAGAUGCCAUUGAAGGACUUGGUCAUAUCUUGGCUUACAGAAAUUCUGUCGACAUUUUUUGGCGAGCUCCACGACUCAACAGGAUGGGCAUUUAGUAUUUUGCUAGGUGGCCCUGACCCUACAAAUGGCGGCAAACUGGAUGUCAGCAGCUUGCAUAUUGGGACGACUACACUUGGCAAUUGGUUCAAUCAGGCGUGUCCGAAGUUCGAGGAGAGGAUAAUGGUACCUUACUUUGAAUUUGCAUCUCGCGCAUUUCAUAAGUUGUCCAAUGCGGAGGCUGCAAUAUCACUAUCACAGUCAAAAGAUGGCGAAAUUGCCAAUGACAACAGCUCCACUCCCUCAGACGUUACAACUGACACCACAUCACCCACCAGCAUCACCCGCGCUUCCUCUCCUUUACACACACUCAAUACAUCACUUACAUCACUCACCAGUCCUUCCUCUCCCUUACACAUACCUGAUACAUCAUUCGCGCUCUCAGGACCAUCACCCAUGCCUUUGGGACAGGAACUCACACCCCGUGAUACAUCACUUGCUCAUCCAUCACAGGAAGCUCUCGCUUACAACUUCUUCCAGGAUUUGCCUCCCAUUCGUCAAGACGACGAAGAGGAUCGUGACCUGAAUCGGACAAUUUUACCCAUGCCCUCCAACUAUCAACCACCAGCACGACCACCUAUGUUUUUGGGACAGAUUCCCACUGAUGUAUCACUCCCUACUCCUCAGGAUGCCUUCCCAGCCUACAACUUCUACAUAGACUUGCCUCCCUCUUCUUCUCCACUACCGUCUUCCUCGCCCCUUUCUUUCUCUCAUUCUUCACUACCAUCUUCUUCACCCUCUCCCUCUCACACAGGUCAGCUUCCCUAUAACCAUUGCACUCCUACUCCCACUCCUACUCCCAUCACAAUUCCCGCCACUCUUGUUAGUGUUCCUGUUUGA